GGAAGCUGGAGAGCGGCUGUGACUCCGCUAUGCUCUAUAAAUACAUCCGGGUCAGUGAGCCGGGCGGAGACACUUACGUCAUGAAGUCACAGAAUCUUUUAUUAGACUUCCAGUGAAAGUGAUUCCCGUUCUGUAUAAGUCACUGAUUUACUGAGGAUGGACAAAAACAAGAGUGACAGGAUAUUACAUCUCACCCUGGAGAUCAUCUACGUGCUGACCGGGGAGGAUUACACGGCACUUAUAGAGAGAUCUGGUGAGUGUGUGACACCCAGGAGCCAUCCCCAUGUGUCAGGAGGAUGGAGCAGGACCCAGAGCCUCAUCCCGGUGCCUCCACCUCACUCCCUGAUACAUGAGAGAGACAGUGACCAGAAGAUCCUGGAACUGACCAAUCAGAUCAUUGAGCUGGUGACAGGAAAGGUUCCUAUACAGUGUCAGGAGGAGAUGGAGAAGUCAGAAGGACACCGGGAUCUGUAUGAGGAUGUGAAGAUGGAGAAUCACUGGCCCCUCUCAUCACUGGAUGGGUCCAGGAGCAGAAAUACCUCAGAGACAGAUCUCCACCAUUUUCAUUCACAGGAAUGUACAGAGGAGAAUCACUGGAUCCCACAGAAGGAUCGGCAUGACGUCCUGACUGAUAUUAAAGUAGAAUUUCAAGAGGAGGAAAAGACGUAUGUUAGGGGUGAUCGGCAGUGUAAGGAGGAGGAGAUCCCUUCAGAUAUCAGCGCAGCAGAUGGAGGCAAACACACGAAUAUCUUGGAGGGGCAAAUACUUUUAUCUGCAGGUUUUGAAAUAGCAGAUAACGACAUCAAACACGAUUUUCCAGGAGAAAUCCCCGUUACCCUAAAUAUACAUCCAUUACUUCCCAGUGCAGAUAAAUCAUCGCAUUCCACUAACCACGAGACAUGUUCUUCUGGUACUGUUCCACAUAGUGCAGUGUAUACAGAGAACACAAUCAUUCCAUCUACUGAGGUCGGGCAAUGGCUUACAGCUACAUCAUCUCUUCAUGUACAUUACGGAAGUCACACUGGGGAGAGACCGUUUCCAUGUUCUGAAUGUGGGAAAAGUUUUAAAUACAAAUCAAAACUUAUUAGACAUCUGGGAACACACACAACUGAGAGACCGUUUCCAUGUUCACUGUGUGGGAAAUGUUUCACACAGAAAUCAAAACUUAUUAGACAUCAGGCAACACACACAGAUGAGAAACCGUUUACAUGUUCUGACUGCGGGAAAUGUUUUAAAUACAAAUCAGGUCUUGUCGAGCAUAUGAAAACGCACACAGGGGAGAUGCCGUUUCCAUGUUCUGAGUGCGGGAAAUGUUUUACGCAGAAAUGGAAACUAGUCAUACAUCUCAGAAAGCACACCGGUGAGAAACCCUUUUGGUGUUCUGAGUGCGGGAAACAUUUUACUCUGAAAUCACGUCUCGUCAUUCAUCAGAGAAUACACACAGGGGAGAAAUUGUUUCCAUGUUGUGAGUGCGGGAAAAGUUUCACCAUGAAGUCACGUCUCGUCAUACAUCAGAGAAGUCACACAGGGGAGAGACCCUUUCAGUGUUCUGAGUGCGGGAAAUGUUUUAUUUACAAAUCGGGUCUUGUUGAGCAUAAGAAAAGGCACACCGGAAAUAGACCCUUUCCGUGUUCUGAGUGCGGGAAAUGUUUUAUGGAGAAAGCGAAACUUCUGAUCCACCAAAGAACGCACACUGGGGAGAAAUCAUUUCCGUGUUCCGAGUGUGGAAAGCGUUUUGCGCAGAAAGCCAAACUUGUCGUCCACUACAGAACGCACACAGGGGAGAGACCGUUUCCAUGUUCUGAGUGCGGGAAAUGUUUUGCAAAGAAAUCAAGUCUGGUCAGACAUCAGGGAACUCACACGGGUCAGAGAUCCUUUCCAGGGGUCUGAGUGUGGGAAAUGGUUUCCACACAAGUCGGAUCUUGUGCAGCAUCAGAAACAUCUCACAAGACAUGGGAAAUUGGACAUAAAAUGGCGCGGCAAUACUCUCUGAUGAAAAGAUGUGAGAUUAUAUGUAAUUAGUUCUGUAAUAUGUUACUGUCUCACUGGGAUUGGUUACAGUGCUUCUAAUAUGUGCAAAUGCAAUUUUGUGAUACCAUGUGGCUGUUUUUGUACUACUUGUACUAUUUAUACCAGGGGUGGGCAAUUAUUUCAACUGGGGGGCCACAUAACACAUUCCAGCGAAUAUUGGAGGGCCGCACACAAAAUAUCCUCUCCCUCCGUGGGUACAGUUGCCAGCUCCCCCCUCUCCUUGUGCACACACAGGUACUAGGCAUCACAAACACACACACAGGUGUAGGUGGGUACAGGGUGUGACGCAAAGCGUCAGGGGGUGUACACUGUCAAAAACGUCGGGAAGGUAGGGGUACAGGGUGCCAUAUA